AUGCCUUCCGACGUCUCAAAGCAAGCACCGCCGCCUCCCCAGAAAUACACUCCUGGUUAUGGCUGGUGGAACGAAUACGAGGAUAUUGCACAGGUAUUGCCCCAUGAACGAAUUGACCGCUACGUUCCGGGAGGUUUUCACCCAGUAGCACUGGACGAUACUUUUCACAACGGUCGGUAUACAGUCAGAAAUAAGCUUGGACACGGAGGAUACUCGACCGUCUGGCUAGCGAGAGACAACGACGUCGGGCGUUGGACCUCAUUGAAAAUUAAACAGGCUUACGUCUCAACGGAGUCUUUGGACGAUGACAAGGAUGUCAGAGCUUUGAGGAUUCUGGAACAGAAUUAUGCGUCGAGCGAUUCAUCAAGCCCACCGUGUUUCGCUCGGCUUUUGGACACUUUCCAGCACCAUGGACCCAACGGCACGCACACCUGCGUUCUCCUCGAAGAUGACGAGGAACUUCAGGAGAUUCCCGGAGGGGAUCCCAUCGUCGCCGAGUACACAGGGACCGAACCGUUGCCGAGCUACCUUCCAAAGCAUGUCGUAGCCGCGACUUCCUGGAACGGUUGGUAUGACUAUGCAGAGGAGGAUGUCAGGUUAGUAGACUGGGGAGAAUUUUUCUUGACUAGUGAGACGGCAACGGCAGCUAGUCUUGCUCAACCCCUCGACCUGAGAUCCCCCGAAACCUUCUUCGUCGGUUCCAUUGACUACCACCAUGAUUUAUGGAGGGCAGGCUGCGUCACCCAAGUCAUCGGUCCGUUGCGGCCAGAGUGGCACGCGAAGUGGCUGCAAUUGAUAAAGGAAAGCACAGAGUACAAACCAUUGCCGGACAACGCAUUCGAACGUCUCGAUCAAAGCUUUGAGCCGCGCAGAUUGGCUAUCAUUUCUCACGCAUCCUAUGGCAGUGACGAAGACGAAUACCACAUGAAAGACAACUAUGAGGCGUUGACGUGUCUCCUAGGCGUGAUGGAAGGGCUCAUGCAGCAUGAACCUCAGAAACGCAUCUCUGCUCAAGAAGCCGCGGCGAAAAUUCAGUGGCACGAUUACCGGAGAGACUCGAGGUCAGUUGAAUCGGAAGAAGAAAUUACUGAGAGCGAGGGGGGACGGGAGUCUGACAGCUGA